GGGUGGGGAGGUGAGCAAGUCUCCCGUUUUACGCUGGCGUUCAGUCAGUCGCGCGAUUUUCUCCGCGCGUUCAACGAUCGAAUGAGAAUGCGAGAAAAUUAAACAGAGGGCUGUGAACACUGAAUUGUCUACAAUCUGUUAUUCUGUGCCUCUAUCUCUAGUGGCUGAGCACAGCACUCUUUUCUUACUGAGAAGUUCGCACUCGUUAAAACCUUUGCCACCCUGACUGGCUUGAAAUCGAGUCUUUUCUUAACUUUAAUCACGAGGCUUAGUUUUGGCUCUUUCAGCAUGGUUAAUCAUGUACGGCUUCGUCACUAUUUCAAACACCUUAUGAGGCUUAUAUCCCAAUCUAAGUUUAUAUGGUGAAGACCGAUGGUUAACCUAAGAUAAGAGCGACCAUUAAAAUACAGCCGACUCUCCACCUAAGCCCCCUAAGUCAUGUUUUCGAGAUGCACAUUAUACCUUCUAUCUCUUGAGAAGGACACUGCUAAAAUAUGCCCCUCCUCAACCCUCUCCCACUUGUUUGUUUCCCUUUGGAGUCCGUAUUUUAAAAGAGGUCCCAGUCAUGGGGAAAAAAAGAUUGCGUGACGAGCUCGAAGGUCUGCAUGACGCCCUUUCCUAAGCCUGCGCGUUGUCGACCCAGCAGCCCUCGCCUCAAAAGUUUGAGCCUGCGGUCCUUCAUUUUGAAAAAAAUAUGCUCGGAAGUCCGAAUAUUCUCUGCGCAGACCAGGACAGACAAAUAUGGCGCUCUUUGGAACCUUUCUACGGACCCCAAGCAAGGGUGUCCUUUCUUCGAUUUGUCGAAAUGCUUUCAGCACAACUCCUCGCGUCGCUGCCACGAUGACUAUUCGAGAUGCUUUAAACUCUGCUAUGGAGGAAGAGAUUAAGAGAGAUGACCGCGUCUUCUUGUUGGGUGAAGAAGUUGCCAUGUAUGAUGGAGCUUACAAGGUAAGCAAAGGGUUGUGGAAAAAGUUUGGCGACAAGAGAGUGAUUGACACACCUAUUAGUGAGAUGGGUUUUGCUGGUAUUGCAGUAGGUGCAGCUAUGGCUGGUCUAAGACCCAUCUGUGAAUUCAUGACUUUCAAUUUUGCAAUGCAAGCUAUUGAUCAGAUAAUAAAUUCAGCGGCAAAAACAUUCUACAUGUCUGCCGGUCAGGUACCAGUCCCUAUUGUAUUUAGAGGUCCAAACGGUGCAGCAGCAGGAGUGGCUGCACAGCAUUCACAAUGUUAUGCUGCUUGGUACGGUCACUGUCCUGGUCUCAAGGUGGUGUCUCCAUAUUCUGCUGAAGAUGCCAAAGGUUUAAUAAAAGCAGCUGUCAGAGAUAAUGAUCCAGUUGUGGUUCUUGAAAAUGAAGUCAUGUAUGGUGCCCAGUUUGAGAUGUCAGAUGAAGCAAUGGACCCAGAUUUUGUAAUUCCCUUCGGCAAAGCAAAAGUUGAGAGAGCAGGAAGUCAUAUCACCAUAGUGGCACACUCGAGAUCCGUUCAGAUUGCCUUGGAUGCUGCCAAACAGUUAGAGGCAGAAGGUGUUGAUUGUGAGGUAGUCAAUCUUCGUAGCAUUCGUCCAAUGGAUGCGGAGUGUAUUGGAAACUCCCUCAAGAAAACAAACCAUUUGAUCACAGUAGAAGGAGGCUGGCCUCAUUUUGGAGUGGGGGCGGAAAUUGCUGCUACUGUUAUGGAAAGUGAUGCAUUUGACUAUCUUGAUGCACCAAUCUUCCGAGUUACAGGAGCUGACAUUCCUAUGCCGUACGCGCACCUCUUAGAAACAAACUCUGUCCCUCAAGUGCAAAAUGUCGUCCUAACCGUCAAGAAAUGUCUCAAUCUAGCUUAACGUUAUAUCACCUGGGUUGACUAGAAUAAGAUUAUUUUCAAUUAAGUCAUGAAUGUAAAUUGUUAUCAUAUCAUAUUUUCAAGACAUUUUUACUGGCCACUGUAAGUUCUUCAAAGGAAAGCCCUACGCGAAUUGUAGGCGUGAAAAGUAUUGUGACCGAACUCUUUUUCUGUUUGUUUUUACACACAAUACACUUUGUAGUUUGUCGCCGGAGAUAAACCCGGGAAGGGAGGAGAUGAAUGGAACACAAGAUUGAUUAUGGCUUCAUGCAACUAAGACUGCUUCGUUUUUAUCGAUUCUUAGAUAUUGUCCAAUCAGGAAAUAGGCCAAACACUUACGAGUUACACCGAGAAUCGUCGGUAGUAUGUAAUAACGUAAUUAUAUAUAAUGAUACCUUAUGAGGACAUGUUUGCCAAACUUUAUGGUCUUUUUAAGCCUCAGAAAAUUUCAUUUCUAUUUGCAAAACUGUGUGGUAUAUCGUAGUUGUUAGUGAAUCGUAGUGUCUCAUAAAACCUUCAAAACUACAAAUGUUAUCAAUGUUUGUGGCAUUGAAAACCCCAGCAUAUUUGUAAAUCUGUAGGGUAUUUAUACGGGAGAGUAUAAGACAAUAUAAUAAAUGAUUAAAAAUGGCAAUUUAUUAUUGUAUCCAA